AUUUGCUUGCCUGCUACAUCUGCAACAAGCCUUUGGUGCGGUCACUACCGUACUCUGCGUGCAGGCUCUCGCAUGCUCAGUGCCAGGUUUGUGGGAAGUCGCACGUUGAGAUCAUCAGUACUGCGUCGCAAGCUGUCAAUGGCAUCCAGCGGUCCCUCUGUGGACCAGCUCCCACCACCGCCGCCGGGACAUCGGUUGCUGGUGGAGGGCCAAGCUGCGAUCCCGUUCUCGGAGGGCAACGAGGUCUUCUACAAUAAGGUUCAAGAGUUCAACAGAGAUUUAUCUAUUCACGUCAUUAAGCUCUUCGCCGAAAAGCGUCUCCGGGAGAAGACCGAGCAGGCUCUCCGCAAGACGCGAAAGAGAGAAGGGGCUGAGUUUACGGCACAAGACCUCGAAGGUUUGGAUGCCACAGACUGGAGUCAGCGCGCGGCCGCUAGUGCAUCGACGGAUGGCAUACAAAUCCUGGACGCGCUUGCAGCUACCGCCCUUCGCUCCAUUCGAUACGUGAAGGAGAUCCCUGGGGUGAAGGAAGUUGUUGUCAAUGACCUCGACGAGGCGGCUGUGCAUGCUGCGCAGAGAAACAUAGACUUCAAUCAGGUGGACGUCUCGAAGAUACGUGUGCAGCAGGGUGAUGCCAUCAGCGCGAUGCACGCAAGCUCGGCGGCAAAGCAGCGUUUCGACGUGAUCGAUCUGGACCCCUACGGUUCUGCUGCCCCGUUCUUAGAUGCUGCCGUGCAUUGUGUGGAGGAGGGGGGACUGUUGUGUGUAACUUGCACAGAUAUGGGAGUCCUCAGCGGGGGACACCCAGAAACGUGCUAUGCCAAGUACGGGAGCAUGCCAACCAAAGGAAAGUAUCUGCACGAGAUGGCUCUGCGAAUUGUGCUGCAUGCGCUCGAGGCUCAAGCUAACCGGUACCGCCGCCAUGUUGUCCCGGUCCUGAGUCUUAGCAUUGACUUCUACGUUAGACUAUUUGUGCGGGUCUUCACUUCUGCCGCGGAGGUCAAGAAAGCCUGCACCAAGGCGGCAUACGUUCACCAAAGCUUAGGGUGUGGCUCGUUCUUCCUCCAUCCGGUGGGCAAGAUGUCCAACAACAACUACAACCCGUCGUUGACCACUGGCGAUGGGUUGUGCCCUCAGACCGGCAAGCGGUUCAAGGUUGGCGGGCCUAUCUGGAGCCCUGCCAUCCACGACAUGGACUGGGUACGGCUUCUGCUGGACCGUGUGCAGAAGAAUUGCGGACCGCAUCAGCCGUCCACUAAGAAGCGCAUUCACGGAAUGCUGACGUCGGUAUCCGAGGAACUGCCGGACGUUCCGCUCUUCUAUUCGCUGCCCGACAUGUGCUCAACGCUUCACUGCAAUAGUCCACGAAUGAUCGACAUGCAGGCAGCCCUCGUCAACGCAGGCUUUAGGGUUUCCCAACAGCACAAAGAGCCCCAGGCGGUGAAGACGGACGCUCCGGACGACAUUGUGUGGGAUGUCAUGCGCUGUUGGGUAAAGAAACACCCUGUAAGCGACAAGCGUAAGACCAGCUCCCCAGGUCAGGCAAUAUUGGCUAAGGAUCCCAACCAUCAGGCUGAUUUCACGGUACCUUCCGGGCUUUGGCCAAGGAAAACGGCCACCAGGUAUCAGCAAAACCCGGAGCCAUACUGGGGGCCCAAGGCUCGGGCCACCGGCAACAAACGAGGGGCCGAGGAGAGUGGCGGACCGUCUGAAGGAGCACCCGAAGACAAAAAAAACAGGAAAGAAGAAUCGCCUUCUUCGGAAACCAAAGUGGAGGAGACUAGAUAGCCUAUUGUCUUUUUCAGCUUGU